AGCCUGACUACCUGGCGCAAGGAAGGUCUAAAUUUACCGAAAUAUUCUCCUUCCUCCCUCGAGCAUCUCGCGCCUCCAUCUGGCUCAUUCCCUCCAAAGCCCUAAACCAUUUUCCCUCGCUUUCAUCGAAUUCAAAUCCAAAAAAAGAAACAAAUUUUAUUCAAAUUGAUGCCCUCACCCACCUUUCACUCUCUUUUUAGCAUGAAAUCCUUAUUUCUUCCCCUUUUACCGCUUCAAAUCCGUUACUUUCAGCUCUUCCACUCCCAUCCCCUGAACCCCAAAAUCAUCGCAUAUCAGUGCCCUCAACUCCGCUUGAAACCCUCGCAGACCUCCUGCUCCAGAUCAUACGCCACCAUGCCGUCGAAGGGACCCGUUUUGCCUGCGGCAGAGGGCCGGUCUCUCUGCGGUGAGAUCCAUGUUAUCAUCGGCCCGAUGUUUGCUGGAAAGACGACGGCUUUGCUCCGCCGCAUCCAACUUGCGGUCGACAGCGGAAGGAGAGUCGCAAUCAUAAAAUCAGAUAAGGAUAACCGAUAUGGUUUAGACUCUGUAGUGUCACAUGAUGGUGCAAAAAUGCCUUGUUUUGCUGUUCCAGAGCUUUCAGUUUUGCGAAGUAAAAUGGGUGAUGAAGACUAUAAUAUGCUUGAUGUCAUAGGGAUUGAUGAAGCUCAGUUCUUUGAAGACCUUUAUGAUUUCUGUCAUAUUGCUGCUGAUCAUGAUGGAAAGACUGUUAUUGUUGCUGGGUUGGAUGGUGAUUACUUGAGGAGGAAAUUUGGUUCAGUGCUUGAUAUAAUUCCACUUGCUGACUCUGUAACCAAGUUGAAUUCAAGAUGUGAAUUAUGUGGUCGACCUGCUUUCUUCACCUUGAGGAAGUCGGAUCAAACUGAAACAGAACUCAUUGGUGGUGCUGACGUUUAUAUGCCGGUAUGCCGGCGGCAUUAUAUCAGUGGACAAGCAGUAAUUGAAUCAACAAGAUUCAUCCUGGAAGCUAAGAAGAUUGAACCUUAUUCUGAAGCAGCUCCCCUAUCAAAUUUCUGAACUGAAGUACUUACAUGUAUGCAUCAUCUGUAUCCUUAAAUGGUUCACCCUUACUAUAGAGAGAUUAUUACGUGCUGUCAUCGGAUCGUCUGGAGGCGAAUUAUGAUGCUCCACAUCACUUAAUACACAGCAGUACAUAGCACCGAUACACAACGAAAUGGUGAUGUGGCACGUCCUGAUUCGCCUUCGAACUAUGUCUGGUGACCGUACGUAAUAAUUUCUCCUUACCAUAAGCUUCUAUGUUCUCAUAGUUUUAUUUGAUAUGUAUAUGUUAUGCUUUCUUUUUGAACUGAGUAAGAAUUGUUGCACUAGUUAAUAUUAUCCUUAUUAUGAUUCUUGCAA